AUGGCUUAUGCCAUGGCAGACCUAGGAUGGAAAUUCUACUUCACCAAUGCUGCCCGGGACUUUGUCUUUCUAUUCAUUGCAUACUUUACGUUCGUCGAGACAAGGAGACUGAAGUGUGAAGAAAUUAAUGUUAGAUUCGAGGAGGCGGAGAUUCUUUCGGGGGUUGUUGAUAACUCUUCUUCCGGAAGUGGUGGGAGGUAUACUAAGGAAGGCUGUGUCGUUGAUGGUCGUUGA